AGUAAAUAGAACAGACAUAAUCUUCCCAUCACAAAUGGCACAUACUGGACCAGCUGCCCUUCUCCUGUACCUUGCUCUUGCAGUUUCCUCCUGUUAUGGAGCCAAUAUCAGCAUCCCUACAUGUGAAAUAUUUAAUUCAAGCAUUGUGAACAAUAACAGCAACUCCAAUUUUAACUUGAUUGUAUCUCCUGAUACGCUUUCCAGCAAUACAACAUAUAGCGUUUAUUUGAAUGGAAGUGGUAAUUUCACAGUAAGUUUGCAAGCAGAAUCAGCGAAUACUGCAGUGGGCAUUUGGUCUCAAGGAAGUAUCAUCUGCAAUAAAAGUCUCCUGUUUGUCAAUGCUUUUCUGAAUGGAAAUGAAAUUAAGACAAAUUGGACAUCAGAAGGAAACCUGACAACUGUUAAGAUUAAUGCUUACAUAUAUACUGAUCCUGCUAAUGAAACUACUAAAUUCUUAGUUUCACGGGACUUAAGUUCAGCUAUAAUUCCAACUGUCAAUUCCACAACUCACGCCCCAGUCAGUGGCAACAGUACAGUAAAUACUACUACAGCUACGACAGUCACGAAAAAAACAGAUGUAACAACUCAACAGACCAAAAUGACCACAAGUGCAGGUUAUGCACUGCAAUCCAAUCUUAUCUCUACGGCUUUAAUCCAGUUACUUUGCUUCGUUAUGAUAUCCAAAAAGUUCCUGCCCUAACAAAUUUCUUUCAACAUUCCUCAGAAUAUUUAUGGACCUAUUCUGAACUCUUUAUCCUUUCAAUCAUAACAGCACAACAACUUUUUCUUAGAAGUUCAUUUAUAGUAAUGGCAGAACCAAUAUAAAUUGUAAGUUCUAAAAUUGUAAAUUAUCAUCACAUAUAAAACAAUUUGAAUUAACUGAUUCUUGUUUAAGUAGAGAUAUGUUGGGUCAUAAAGUAAUACAAAGUUUAUUGUGAACAAACACAAAAAAGCAAACAAAAUGGAGCAUUGGGGUCUUGCUCUUGAUUGGUAAUAUUAUAAGUUAUUUAAUUAUCUAAUUUGUUUUUGACAAAGAAAGAUGUUAGCUCUGAUGUUUUAUGCUAUUCCCUAGCAUUACAUGAUGCUGUGUGUGUUGUAGUGUUACAUGGACACAACUUAUUCUACAUGCUUAAAUCUCCAUAUGCCAGCACCCUCUUCUGCAUUACUUUACUAGGAAAUGUACAGUAGUUUGUUAGAUUGAGCUAUCCAAUCAUACUGCACUUAACUACUGUAUGGACUGCAGUGUUAAGAAACAAAAGUUAAGACCCUCUGCAAGCACAUCUCAUUUUUUCCUUCUAAAUUAUCAUGUUAAGACUGGUAAACAGAAAUAAUUAGAUUACUGUACUUAUUAGAUAUGUGUUUUAUUUUGGAUAAAGAUAAUGUAUGUGUAUAGUGUUAUUCAGUACCUAGUUAUAUAGUAUAUUUUACAAAACAAUAUUCCCUGUUUUAGUGGGAGGACUGGAAACCCAUGUAUUCCAGGUAUGAUCACUAAAAUAUACCGUAGUUAAUAUAUUUAGUAUUUUCAUAGUACUAUGAUCAUUGUCACUGCCAAAAUAUUUACGUAAGGUUGCAGUUUUAGCAUGUUAUAUGUUUAAGUGUAUAUGCCCAUAACAAUAAUAAUAAUAGAUUUAAAUAGGACUUUUCCAAAUGGUAGACCUUCAAAGGGGGGUAGCUUACUAGUAAGUGGGUGGGGACAUAAAGUCGGUGUAGCUUGCCAGAAAGUGUACGCGAUUGGACAGAUUAAUGUGUGUGUGUGAGUGGAGGAUGCAGGGGGCGUUGUGUGAAAUUUGGAAAGUGCUUUGCCAGAAUUGGAAAAGGUGGGUGGUUUAUAUUCUCUGGAUGUCACUUGGAUAAAUGUUUGGAGGUAUGAUACUGUACAUUGUUUAUUGUUAUCAGUAUUUUAAACUGAUAAUUAUAAUCUAUUGUUAAUUUUGUAGUUCAUUUUACAUAAAAGUACUUACCAUACAGGUUGCAAAAAUGUUGAUUCCCCUAUUAUUAUCAUUGUUAUUAUUAUUAACAUGAUUAGUAAAUAGGUUCUUAAAGCUAGUGCCUAAAAUUAUUUGGAAAAUAGGGGUAUGCAAGACCUAAACCGAUCUGAUACUAGCUUUUCCCAUCAAGUCUUCCAAUUAUUUGAAUAACAAUGCUUUUUCAUAUCUGUUUGGGCAUAAGCAAGACUUUUUAAGAUUUACAUUGAGAAAAUGUAAAGGUAAUUCUUGUUUGGAUAAAUACAAAUUAUGACAUUUGUAA